AUGGAAGCUAGGUGCAAAAAAGUGGACUCCGCUAUGAAAUGGGACGAAAGGAUGCAGUUGUUGGUGUUGUUCUGUGUCGCGCUGCUGGCCCCCCUGGCGGCUGGAGCGCCGCCCUCAGACCGCAACCACGUGCCGCCCAUCGCGUGUGAAGACAUGGCGCCCAUCCACGGGGACAACCAGCCCAGCGAGGAGCCGGCGCCCUACACCAUCUCCGUGUCCACCACCGCCGUGACCGCGGGACAGACCGUCACAGUGCACUUCUCGGGCAACACGACGUUCAGGGGCGUGUACGUGCAGGCCCGCCAAGGGGACCAGCCGGUGGGGCAGUUCCUCGCCAGCGACGUGGCCGGAGUCGCUCUGGACGACUGCGCGCCCGGCACCAGCAAUGCCUUGGAAUACGUUUCGAGUGAAGACACGGAGGAACUGGAUGUCGAGUGGGUGGCGCCGGAUAUUAACGACGUCAUCGUUUUCAGAGCGUCUUUCGUGAAGACCUUCCCCGAGUUCUGGGUCGGCGUCGAGUCAGAAACUGUCACGGUCGGGACCGUGAAGAAGGCUUCCAGCAUCAUUGCUGCAUGAAGAUCGGACAUACAUUAUGUCGGUGGCUAGGCGGUGGUGUAAAGGUCCACAUAACAAAAAUUAAAUAAGAAUUUGAUAAUUAGCGCUGCUAAUAAUAAAGUUAUGCAGUACGUAAUUGGAACAUUUAGACUAAUGUUGUGAGACUAGUCCAUGUGCUAAGCCUGAAGAAGUUCAACGAUAACACAGGGAUACGAUAAGAAGAUUUCUCGCCUCCCACAAGUGGAAAGUACAAGCUAAGUCAGAAAAUCUGCCUUGUGUUCUGGAGAACUGAAUCAAAGGGUGAUGACAAGUCCACGACAGCUGCAUCUCGUCACCGACCCUGUACUUGGUGCCUUUUUUAAAGAAAAAAUAAAGACAGCUGUAU